AUGGACGAUAACUUGGCUGGAGUGAUGCAAGGGAUGUCGUUAGAAGAUGAUGUACCAAUCGUUUUACCGGAGGAUGAUGAUUAUAGUGCAAUCGAGCGUAACAGUCGAAGUCUCCUUGGCAGGCUGCUCAACCCACCAUGCCAGAACAUGGCAAGAAUUCUCCGUACUAUGCCGAAGAUUUGGAGGGUAUACGAACGGGUCCGUGGAAUAGCUUUGACGAAAGAGAGUUUCCAGUCUAUCUUCGAACUGGAAUCGGAUAUACAAACUGUAUUGAAACAAGGCUUUUGGACUUUCGGUGAUUGGGGAAUGGCGAUGGAGAGAUGGGUGGAACAUCCACCGAGUAACUUUCUACAAACUGCGGCGGUGUGGAUCAGAAUCUCCAAUAUUCUGGCCAACUACCUCACCAUUAAAACCAUUGAUGCGGUAGCAGGAGCCAUCGGCUAUGUGAAAGUGAUUGAAUGGGACCCGGAGAAACCCUUACUACAGGACUAUGUGAGAGCCCAAGUUGUAAUGGAUCUUAGCCUUCCAGUUCGAGAGAAGAAGAGUGUAAUAUUACCAAAAGGAGGCGGUACUGCAGUGGUAGAUGUAGAUUACGAGAGAAUCAGGAAGAAAUACUUCCACUGCUUCAGAUUAUCACAUGAGAAACAGGCUUGCCCACUGCUAAAAGGCAACCCUUCUGGAAGUGCUAAAGGAAAGGAGAAACAUAUAUAA